GCAGGGAUCAUUUUCACUGGUGCGCGACAACCAAUAACAUGGGGAGCGAUUGUGUAUUACUGUGGAUGGAUUAACUUAUUUGCUUCUUUAAACCGUCACGUCGGGUUGUGGCAACCAAGCCACCUUACCCAGCACAACUCUGGCAGAGAGAGCUACCCGAAGUGUGUUCCAAGUUGUUGGGUUCAUGGCCACGAUCUCGACUUGAUGGCUCUCUUCUCACUAAAAUAAGCAGCAUCCGCCAAAAAAAACUUCAACUCGUCGACAGUAAGUCAACCAAACUUGUUGUUGCCCCUUCAUUGUUGUUGUUGUUAUAGAAUAUGAAGAAUGUGUGAUGCUGUCAUCAGCCUUGACUAUGCACAUCACCCGCAUACCCUGAUCAGUCUUUACAGACCACAUCCUUGGUCGGUCCCUUUUUGGGCACCAAUGAGAAAGCAAGGGAAGCGACACAAUUCGGCAACACGUCAAAACCGGUGAGUAAAACAGCAUCAUCACAGCAAGAGGCGGAUCGACACUUUGAUGCCGUGCUAUUAUUUACCUAGCAUGGCAACCACGGAUAUACCGAAAUGUCAAUACGGAUACGUUCCCCUUGUUGGCUGCCCACGGAGUGUUUGUUUGCUUCUUGCUGUCAUGAUUGCGUCGGUCCAGCGGGACCGGUGGCUGUACUGUACGGUAAGUUCGCCUGCCUCCCUUGCAGGCGAUAUUUUUAUGACAGACUCUAUCCACAGUACCGUAUCACCAGGUGUGGAUUCAGUUCCGCUCAAGGCGUGAGAGAUUAUAAAGUGGGUAUUUUGUUUCGUUUCUGGACGGCAUCCCUCCCCAUCAACGUCUGGAGAUCCUGAGACGAGCCGAGCGCCAUUACCACGUACCUGGGUCUCGAAGCCUUUUUCUGGUCCUCUUGGCCCCAUAUACUCGUGGACCGGGGAGACAAAUACACUCCUCAUUUACCGAGAGGCGAGAAAAGCAAACACACUGCCCACGGAGCCUUGCCCCCAUGUGUACAACCCCACCAACCGGCUGCCAAGAUCCGGACUUGCCAUAAGAAGUCGGCACUUCUGUUCCUCUGUCUUGUCUUCUGGCUUCCUGUCCCUUCCUCUCCAUCAAACGCUACCCUUUCUAGAGACUUUUCCAAGGCCAUUCAUCAUAUUUACACGCCCAGCAGAUAUGCCAAGUGCGACACAAAACAACAUGGAAGACGGGAAAAUCUGGCAGCCGUUACAUCCAGAGGUCCGGCCACUUUUGGAUUCUCAAUACGUCAAGCUUCACGAUGAGGUUCUCCAAUACAUCAUGCCGGAUGAGCAGAGAGAAUGGGACGGAACCCGUCGACUAGGAACUUACGGAUUACCCAGGAAUUCAGCCAAGCCCAUCCCGGUAGGCAGUGAUCGGAUCGUGACGAUCCCCGACACGAACCUCAGGAUCAGAAUCUUCACACCCAGCACCGACAGAGAUGUGGACAGGCACCCCGACGGUUGGCCGGUUUUUCUUUGGUUCCAUGGAGGCGGACAUGCGCUUGGGGAUCUUGACAGCGACGAAGAGGUCUUGACGCGAAUCUGCGAGUAUGCUCAAUGUGUCGUCUGUAAUGUGGACUAUCGCCUGGCUCCAGAACAUCCUUACCCGGCGGCUAUCGACGACUGUGUCGCGGCUUUGCGGUGGCUUGUGCGGCCCGACGGUGGCGUCAAAGAAGUCGGUUUGGACAAAACGAAAGUGGCCAUAGGCGGCGCUUCGGCCGGAGGCCAUCUAACAAUUGCAACACUACUCCGGUGUGCUCAGGAAAAUAACCCCCCGGAUCUCAACAUUAUCAAACAGGUGCUGGUCGUCCCCGUGAUUGACAACACGGCUACCCCUGAAAACGGCCCAUUCUGGUCCUUAAAGGCACAUACCGCGCCUUGGCUCACGCCUUCCCGUAUGCUGUGGUACAGAAAUAUGUGGCUUCACAGCCAGGAGCAGUGCGAGGAGUGGCAGGCCAGCGUGAACAGGGCGCCGGUUGACUUGCUCGCGCGUCUGCCGCCUGCUUUUAUGGCUGUUGCUGGUGAGGACCUGCUCUGCCCCGAAGCUCUCGACUUUGCCGAAAAGAUAAGGGCUGUCGGGGUCGAUGUUGAAGUGAAGGAAUUUGACGGUUGCACACAUGCCUUGCUUGGCUAUAGUGCCGCAUGGAUAAAGGCAUGGAGCUAUUAAACGACAUCGUCGAACAGGUCAAGUCUGCUUUCCUGCCUUGAGUGCUACAAACCUAGGAGGCAAGCUACGGACUCAUCCCGAUACUCAGCGAGCCAAUGAACAACAUUUUUGCCCAAGGUUUGCUUUCAUAAAUAGUCUUGUUUUCUUUAUAUUUCUUUACUCUUUUUUUUUUCCCUUUUGCUGGUCUUUCCGGUAUGCGAGUAUGAAAUUAGAUAAGAACUUAGUGUACCCGCUCUCUAUGAAAGCUGUUGGCACGCGCUGACAAUUGGGGUGGGCUGUUAUAAUGUCUUCAGAUAUUGGUAUUUCAUUGCAUUCUGUUGCUUCUUAUGUUUGAUAUAUUUUUAUACUUCCCGCCGACUCGACUCGUUUACCCUAUUUUCAUCUUCCAUGUCAUUGUCAGAACCCUCCGCAGUUUGUCAGUAAUCCCGACACGACGCAUGACUUGGGACGAUGUGUAAGGUUUUUGCACCUUAAGCCCGCCCGCCCUAAUGACUGUGUACCUGCAUUCAGGCCCGUGUAACGGCCAGUACGCAAAAGUAUAUGUUCACAAGUGCCAAGCUUGUACCGCUGUCAUUAUACCCGCGCAAGAUGCAAAGCAAGAUGUGCAUGCGCAUUGCACGUCACUGACGCACACGUAACGUUUCCUUGUGUUUGCAUUCUCCCCGUUCCCCCGGUGCAGGCAUUCGCCUCCCCUGCCCCGCAUUGAAACCUUUGCCGAUCGUCGGGGAAUAGAAUUAGGUUCUGGUUAUCAUAAUUGAGUUGACUCGCUUCCCUGCUUUGUUUACCCUCAAACUUUUCUCAGUUUUGUUCGGUUUGCCGAACUUGGCGUUCUGAAGGCUUGUAGCCUCCAAAGGCAACACUUAUCAUAGUAUUGCUUCAGAGGUGGACUUGUGCUACCCCCGAACUGGUCAAGGUCGGUUCUCUUUACGCGUUUUCGAAGAGAAGGCAAGUACAAACUAGUUCACAGCAAAAAUGCUCUGGCUCACCUGGGGUCUCAUCUCCCUUGCCGUCCCGGCCGCAUCUCAGACGACGGGGAACAAUCAGCAAUGGGAUCGAUGGUGUGGGAAAGCAUAUCAGCCCCAAUUCCCUAGCUUCGACCCGGGCGGUCAAAUCCAAAACCCGCCCGAGAUCUCGGGACCGCCGCAGCUCAACGUUCAGUUCAAGCCGCGUUUCAGCAUCUACCUGUCCAACGAGCAAAAGGGCGAGUUUGUCAUCAAUGCGGAGCUGUCCAAGUACUUCGGCGCCCCGCUGGCCGAGUCUAGGCAGAAGUCCGGUCUGGCGUACAACAUCACGCUCGACUCGACCGGCAAGCAGCUGGCGUCGGGGACUGUAGCCAUCAACUCGACCCGCAACGUGGUCUCCUUUGACUUUGCGGGCGCCGUGGAGCCCUCCCGCACCGCACAGGCCGUUGUGUUCAGGGGCUGGGUGAGCGCCGACGGCGGCAGCAACGGCGACGGCGACGGUGCCGAGCUGCGCGUCUAUACGGCCAGGGCAGACCUCUUCUUCCUGCCGGACAAGACGCGGGGCAGCGCGACGCGCAUCGACAACCUCAACGGCGGAAUGCAGUUCCGCAACACGGCCUCGAACCAUACGUGGCGCCCGCUCCUGCCUUAUGGGUUCUACGCCUCGUACGAUGGUUUCCUGGGCCAGAACGACACGAGCCUGAUCCAGAGGUACGCCGGCUUCGGGCUCAACGCCAUGACGCCCCUGACGACGUACCCGAUCUCGCGUGAUGCGUUCGCGUACAUGGGGAGGAUUAAUCUGCCCUUCAUGUACGAUCUGCGAGACGACUAUCAGAACAACACCUGGGUCGAGGAAAAGGUGCGGCCGGUUGUCGAUGAUGAGGCCCUGUAUUCGUACUGGGGUGGGGACGAACCCGACGGCCACCAGCAUCCAUUCAACUGGACAGUCAACUCUGUCAGCCUCAUCCGCCAGCUGGACCCCUACCACCCGGUUUCCGUCACGCUGAACUGCCAAAACUACUACUUUGCCGAGUAUUCGGUCGCGGCCGACUUUCUGAUGGAGGAUGUGUACCCCAUCAUCGCCAACGCGACCUUUUCCAAGUGGGGCACGGCGUGCAACGCAACCUACGGCGAUUGCGGGUGCGACAACUGCGAAGGCAACGUGCGGGACGUGUCGCAGCGGCUGGACGACAUGAACCGGUACGAGCGCAUGCUCGGGCGCUGGCCCAAGACAAAGUUCCACAACCCGCAGAGCUUCCACGGCGAGGGGUACUGGCCCAGGGACCCGACGCCCGACGAGUCGUACGUCAUGAACAUGCUGGCCUUCAACCACGGCGCCACCGGCAUGGUCUCGUGGGUGUACCCGCCCACCGACCUGCUGGCCACCUCGCACGGCACGCUGUCAAAGGUCGUCACCACCUCGCCCGUCGUCGAGUUCUUGGUCAGCGAGGGCGAUGGGCCCUACAAGGUCGAGGUGCAGGGGUUGAAGGACGACCAGAUUGACGUGGCGUUUUGGCGCAAGGGGGACAAGGAGGUCCUGGUCAAUAUCGUCAAUCCCAACGAGUCGCAGAACCGGGAUGGGGUCUCGUUCCCGAUGCCUGGGGGUGCGGGGGCCCGGAUCGAAAAGGUCCUCUGGGGUGACACUGGGAUUUGGGAGCUUGAUGAGGGCGGCAAGAACAUACGCUCCAAGACUGGGUUUGGGAAAAUGUCGGCUAGUAUGUUGCUGAUAACGCUGGCAUGAUGGUAUCGCUGAGAGACACUGUACGGAUAAAAAAAACACACGGCAUCAUAAGAUCAUUAUCUCAUAUCAACUGAGAUUAAUGCCUGUGAAUCAAACAAAGCACUGCAUCAAGAAUAGAUCAUUGGUUGCCGCCUGGUUUCGUA